UGUACCUGUUGGGGUCGAUGAGCCAUGCGAGCCUGGUAUGGCAUGCAUAGACCUGUAUGAGCCAGUGUGCGGCGCAGAUGGUAAAACUUACGGCAACUCUUGCGAGUUUGAAGUUUGGACCUGCGGCAAAAUCGCCCUGGCCUACAAAGGAAGUUGCUAA